UCACGAAGCCUUCCUCCAGCCUCGCUUUCUCUCGCCCCCUGCUUUUCUGGCGCGGCUCUCCCUCCUCUCUGGCUUCUGCUCUUUCUUACUCCUUCUCUCAGCUGCUUAACUACAGCUCCCACUGGAACUUGCACAAUCAAAAACAGCUCUGCUCUCGAGCAGCCUCCAGCAGCGCAUCACCUGGACAGGAGCGCCUCGCUAGCUGCACCGGCCGCCGAGCAGCCAGGUAGCGGGGGGCGGGGAGGGGGCAAGAGCAUCUCCCGGAGAUUGGCCGUGUCCCGCCGGCCGGCCCCCGGGGUCCUACAGCGGUGAUGCAUCUGUCUCAGAGCAAUGAUGGAAAGAGAAAAGCCACUGCCGGUGGCAACUGAAAGUGGGGAGAGGUUGCUGCAGUAGCUGAUGCUGCAGAACGUGCGAGUGAAGCACUGAGCCCCGCUAGAGUCUCCAUCCCGCUCCGUCCUCAUUAACUGUCUCCAGGAGGGAAACCGGGGAAACAGAUGCACUAACCAGGCGGGUGCCACCCUGGAUCUGUAACAGUGAACUCCCCACUGUGGAAAAUGGUAAACAAAGACAUGAAUGGAUUCCCAGUCAAGAAAUGCUCAGCCUUCCAAUUUUUUAAGAAGCGGGUACGAAGAUGGAUCAAGAGCCCAAUGGUCAGUGUGGACAAGCAUCAGAGUCCAAGUUUGAAGUACACUGGCCCCUCAGUGGUACACAUCCCUCCAGGGGAGCCAGACUUUGAGGCUUCAUUGUGUCAAACAUGCCUGGGUGACCAUGCUUUCCAAAGAGGGGUUCUCCCUGAAGAGAAGGAGUCGUGUUCAUGGGAAACACAAUCUGGGUGUGAAGUGAAAGACCCAUGUAAUCAUGCCAACCUCUUGACCAAGCCUGAUCCGAGAACCUUCUGGACUAAUGAUGAUUCAGCUUUCAUGAAACAGAGGAGGAUGGGCCUGAACGACUUUAUUCAGAAGAUUGCCAAUAACUCCUAUGCAUGCAAACACCCUGAAGUUCAGUCCAUUUUGAAAAUCUCCCAACCUCAGGAGCCUGAGCUUAUGAAUGCCAACCCUUCUCCCCCACCAAGUCCUUCUCAGCAAAUCAACCUUGGUCCGUCAUCCAAUCCUCAUGCUAAACCAUCUGACUUUCACUUUUUGAAAGUGAUUGGGAAGGGCAGUUUUGGAAAGGUUCUUCUAGCAAGACACAAGGCAGAAGAAGUGUUUUAUGCAGUCAAAGUUUUACAGAAGAAAGCAAUCCUGAAAAAGAAGGAGGAGAAGCAUAUUAUGUCAGAGAGGAAUGUUCUACUGAAGAACGUGAAACACCCUUUCCUAGUGGGCCUUCACUUCUCUUUCCAGACUGCGGACAAAUUGUACUUUGUCCUUGACUACAUUAAUGGUGGAGAGUUGUUCUACCACCUCCAGAGGGAGCGCUGCUUCCUGGAACCACGGGCUCGUUUCUAUGCUGCUGAAAUAGCCAGUGCCUUGGGUUACCUGCACUCUCUGAACAUCGUUUAUAGAGACUUAAAACCAGAGAAUAUUUUGCUAGAUUCACAGGGACACAUUGUCCUUACUGACUUCGGACUCUGCAAGGAGAACAUCGAACACAACGGCACGACAUCCACCUUCUGUGGCACACCUGAGUAUCUCGCACCUGAAGUGCUUCAUAAGCAGCCUUAUGACAGGACUGUGGACUGGUGGUGCCUGGGGGCCGUCUUAUAUGAGAUGCUCUAUGGCCUGCCUCCUUUUUAUAGCCGAAACACAGCUGAGAUGUACGACAACAUUCUGAACAAGCCCCUCCAAUUGAAACCAAAUAUCACGAAUUCCGCAAGACACCUCCUGGAGGGCCUCCUGCAGAAGGACAGGACAAAGAGGCUCGGUGCCAAGGAUGACUUUAUGGAGAUUAAGAAUCAUGUCUUCUUCUCCCUAAUGAACUGGGAUGAUCUCAUUAAUAAGAAGAUUACUCCACCUUUUAACCCAAAUGUGAGUGGACCCAGUGACCUGCGGCACUUUGAUCCUGAGUUUACUGAAGAACCUGUCCCCAACUCUAUUGGCAGGUCUCCUGAUAGCAUUCUUAUCACCGCCAGCGUCAAGGAAGCUGCUGAGGCCUUCCUGGGCUUUUCAUAUGCACCUCCCAUCGACUCUUUCCUCUAAAUAGUUUUAGGGUUGGUUUUGAAGGAUUUUAUGUGUGUUUUUAAAUGUUUUAGUUAGCCUUUUGGCAGAGCUGCCAGCUGACAGGACAUCUUAAAAGAGAAUUUGCACAUCUCUGGAAGCUUAGCAAUCUUAUUGCACACUGUUUGCUGGAAGCUUUUCAAAGAGCACAUCUUCCUCUCAUAAGGUUUUCAUUUUUAUUCUUCCUUCCAACGUGGUGCUAUCUCUGAAAUGAGCAUCAGCGUGCCGCCUUAGACAGACAAAGCAGUCUUGUUAGAAGGGGGAUGCCGUUCCUGAGAAGGAUUGUCUGAAGGUCUGUCUGGGCUGUGAUAAUGAAUAUUAUGAAAUGUGCCUUUUCUGAUGAGAUCGUGUUAGCUCCAAAGCUUUUCCUAUUGCAGAGUGUUUCAGUUCUUUAUUUUUCCUUGUAGAUUUACUGUGUGAACAGUGGUAUGAGUGUGGUAUGCUUGAUCACAGAUGGAUUUUGUUAUAAGCAUCAAUGUGACACUUGCAGGACACUACAAUGUGGGACAUUGUUUGUUUCUUCCAUAUUUGGAAGAUAAUUUUAUGUGUAGACUGGUUUUUUUUUUUUGUAAGAUGCAGUUAAUAAUUAAAAUUUAUCGAAAUGGUCUUGGCAAUGACUUGUAUUCAGAUGCUUAAAGAAAGCAUUGCUGCUACAAAUAUUUCUAUUUUUUAGAAAGGGUUUUUAUGGACCAAUGCCCCAGUUGUCAGUCAAAGCUGUUGGUGUUUUCAUUGUUUAAAAUGUCACCUGUAAAAUGGGCAUUAUUUAUGUUUUUUCUUUUUUGCAUUCCUGGUAAUUCUAUGUAUUGUAUAAAGAAAGUCUGUACAUUUGGUUAUAACACUAGUAUAUUUAACUUACAGGCUUAAUUGUAAUGUAAACCACCAUUUUAAUGUACUGUAAUUAACAUGGUUAUAAUAUGUACAAUCCUUCCCUCCCCACCACACAACUUUUUUUGUGUGUGAUAAACCAGUUUGGGUUUGUAAUAAAACCUUGAAAAAUAUUCACAUAAA